AUGCAGGCCAUGACACCCAUCACCCCGCUGGAGCCGGGCGUGGAAAUGUUCGAACGAGGAAAGACACAGUCGUUCUUCUCCAAUGCUCUAACGGCCCGCUCAUCGCUAGAGCGCCCGGUUUCUCACAUCAGUGUCGCAUACACCGACAUCGAGGAUGAUUCUAGCGAAUUCGAAGAGUUCAGUGGCUCAUCUAGCGACAACAGGCGAAGUCAAACAACGAUUUCUACUUUUGAGGAAGUACGGACACCUGCGGAAGAAGUACGACCACAGUUCGCCUAUUGGCCAGAACGGAAGUCAGUAGAAGGCCCCAGAGGACCACACCUCUUCCGCGCCUCAGUGUCGUCCAGCGACUUUCCGUUUGACGAGGGCCAAGUAAUGCAGAUGUCGCCUCUCCUGCCAAAAGAAACUCCACUUCGUCUUCCAACCUCCUUCCGAGAGGCCACUCCCGAAACCAUUGUCCCCCAGAGAGAGUACAACAAUAUCGCUCUCGCCGUUGCCCACUUGGACAACGCUGAAGUGCGCGCCUGGACUUCCAAAGACGUUGCGACCUGGAUGUAUCAGAACGGAUUUGAAGACGACGUAAUUGACAAGUUCAUGGAGCACGACAUCUCCGGUGCGGUACUACUGGAUCUGCAGUUCGACGACCUGAAGGAGUUGGAGAUUCAGUCCUUUGGCAAGAGACAUCAGCUGUGGAACCAAAUCGAUUCUCUGCGCACUGCCGACGGGCUGAUGUCGCCAACUGCCCCAGCAGCCAUCCCGACUCCUUUCGAAGACAUUGAACGACCAUGCACAGAGGCACGGAACAGGUCCAAGAGCAAGGGCAGGAAAGCUAGUCGACGCGAUAAGUUGCGAGGGAACCACAUGACAGACGAUGUUAUCACACCUGCGCAUUCCGUCUCCAUUGUAGCGAUCGAACAGCUGCUUCCCAAGCCACACGUGUGCGCAAAGGGUGAACGAUGCGCCAAAUGGAGGAAGCAACAGCGGCAACUUGCCAGACUUCAACAGGAACACGGCUUCCCGAUCUCGCCCGAGAAGGGUGGUCACAUCUUCAUAGCGGGUGAUCCAGGCAACCCCCAAACAGCAUCCCACGCUGUCGAGAACGUCCACCGCCCGAACUCUGAAGCUACCCCUUCUGUUGUGGUGCCGUCUGUUGUAGCAUCGUCCGACGUCCUUGGGCCUGGUCAGCUACCUGAUUUCAGUCUUCAAGACCUAGAAAAGUUUGAGCAACGCGACCCGCAAGACAAUGUGCGACAGUUCCUCACCCUACAAGGCCAGCAGCCCUUCGUCAGCGCUACUCCAAUCGAGGCUCCUCCAACCCCGCCUACAGAAUCAUACCCACCUCGUCCCUUCUUGGUGAUACCACAGCAAUCGCACUACCCGCAGGUUUCAGCCUUUUCUGCAUCUACAUCGGCGCAUACAACAAAGUCUUUCGAUCCAUUCAGUCGCUCACCCUCAACUCCAGCUCUGCAUCCCCCGGAGUUCAUGCCAGCACCUCAUUCAAAUCUCAAGAGCCUUCCCAAGUUGACGAUUCCUCCCGCACGUUCAAUGUCUGCCCAACCGGCUGGUAACCCACGCCAAGGAGUCCCAGUACAACAGUACCUCGCACCCGACACCGCAUUCUCGCCAUGUAGGACAGCGUCACCAGGUGGCGUCUACCGGUUCGGCACGCCCUUCUCCGAGAUGGACGUUCCUGUGACUGCUGUGCAACAGGAGCCACUUAGUCGCGACACAAGCCAGUCCGUGCCUCCGAACAUGCAGUACCAGCCCCAAAUCCAAAGAGUUGGAUCGCGUCACGACCGAAGGCGCCCCUCGUUGCCCAUGCCGGCGCUUGCUGAGGAUCGCGUGUUCAGCCCAACCGCCCACUCAGAUGACGACACCCUGCGCGGAACCAUUUUCGACGACUCGGUCAGUACUAGCGACAGCGCUGGCUCGUCGCCGCUCAAAGCUACCCAGCCAUUCGCCAGCGAAGCUAGUGACACGAUUGCGCCUUUGCACAAGGGAGGCUUUGUGUACAAGGGAGUAAACCACCACGGAUGGAUGAAGAAGCGCCGCACGAAGCUCCUGCGUCACGAAUGGCAAGACCACCACUUCCGCCUCCAGGGCACACAGCUAGCUAUGCAUCCCAAUGAGCUUCCGUCUUCAUCCGCACUGCAGACGAUCGACGUGGACGACUACGCAGUAGCAUGCUCAUCCAUCGCUUCCAACAAGCUCUCUGCCAAGUUCAAGGCUCUGAAGCUCUCCUCGGGUCAUCACAAGGAGAAGUCAGCUGCUUCUACUCCUGCCUUUGAGUUCCAGCUUGUGCCUGCCGCACCUGGAAAAGGCGAUGUCAAAAAGGUGAUGCCCAACGGCAAGGUCCAGCACUUUGCUGUAACCACCAAAGACCAGAGAAUUGACUGGAUGCGUGAGCUCAUGUUGGCCAAGGCCUUGAAGGCUAAGAGCGACGGCUACGAAGUCAAUAUCAAUGGCGCUAACAUGUGA